AUGGCUCAGUGUGUAAGGUCAACUCUAACUCCUUUGAGAACGCACCACAGUGUGACAGUGUCUGCAAAAAACCAAACUUUUGGAUCAGUCUCGUUCCUUAGAACAGUCCCGGAGUUCAGGAAAUACCCUAAACCUUGUUCAUUAGUUAUGUCUUGCACUGACAACUCCCAAAAUCAGCAAGAGCAACGACCGAAACAAUUGUCUCUUGAUGAUCUAGUCACGAGUAACCGUAGAGGAGAGGUUCUUGGCACAAUCAAAGACUCGCUUUCUAACUGUCUCUCUGAUACCAAUCUCUUAGCCACUGUUCCUGGUCUGAAAUCUAGAAUCAAGGGCAAGGUCAGAGAUAUUUACGAUGCUGGUGAUUAUCUGGUUCUAAUUACAACUGAUCGGUUGAGUGCAUUCGACAGAAAUCUUGCUUUGAUUCCCUUCAAAGGCCAGGUUCUUAACGAGACCAGUUUGUGGUGGUUCAAUAACACACAACACAUAACUCCAAAUGCAAUUGUUUCAUCUCCUGACAGAAAUGUUGUUAUUGCAAAGAAAUGCUCGGUUUUUCCCAUAGAGUUUGUGGUUAGAGGAUAUGUGACUGGAAGUACUGACACGUCUUUAUGGACGGUAUACAAGAAAGGUGUUAGGAAUUAUUGUGGGAAUGCGCUCUCAGAUGGAUUGGUAAAAAACCAGAAGCUUCCAGCUAAUAUACUUACUCCAACAACUAAGGCUGAGGAUCAUGAUGUGCCCAUCACUCCAAAUGAGAUAGUUGAAGGUGGAUUCAUGACUCAAGCUGAAUUUGACGAAGCAAGUAUGAAAGCUUUGAGCUUGUUUGAGUUUGGGCAGCGGGUCGCCAAGGAGCACGGACUGAUACUGGUGGACACAAAAUAUGAGUUUGGAAGAAGUAGUGAUGGCUCGAUCUUAUUGAUUGAUGAGAUUCAUACGCCGGAUUCAAGCAGAUACUGGCUUGCGGGUUCAUAUGAAGAGCGCUUCCAGAAAGGCCUUGAGCCUGAAAAUGUUGAUAAGGAGUUCCUAAGAUUGUGGUUCAAAGAGAAUUGCAAUCCCUACGAGGACGAGGUCCUGCCCGCUGCUCCAGAAGAACUUGUAACUGAAUUAGCGUGGCGAACUGAUGGGACAACAACCCAUGACAAUGCAGGUACAUUUUCUUGUAUGAAACCAUCACUGGAUCAAGAAUUGGCAUUCUUCCGACACAGCGUAUUGAUCCGUAGUUUUACCGACAGGAACCAAUACAUGACCGAAUCUCAAGAAACACAAGCCAAGCCCUUUCAUCUCUACGUCAACUUUGAUAUUUGA